AUGAGUACCUUUGGCAAUAUUUUUCGCGUGACAACCUAUGGUGAAUCUCACGGGAAGUCUGUUGGUUGUAUAGUGGAUGGUUGUCCUCCUGGUUUACCUCUUAUAGAAGCUGAUAUUCAAAAACAAUUGAGUAGAAGGAGGCCAGGUCAGAGAACUGAAUUUGGUAUAACACUUGGAACACCAAUUGGUUUACUGGUACCAAAUCAAGAUCAACGGCCUCAUGAUUAUUCAGAAACUGAUUCAUAUCCAAGGCCAAGUCAUGCUGAUUGGACCUAUUUACAAAAAUAUGGUGUAAAGGCUAGUAGUGGUGGUGGUAGAGCAUCAGCAAGAGAAACAAUAGUGGCAGCAGGAGCUAUUGCAGAGCAAUAUCUUAAAAUGGUUCAUAAGAUAGAGAUUGUAGCAUUUGUUUCUUCAGUCUCAAAUAUAAAAAUGCCUUUUAUCAAAGAAAUAGAACAUCAUAAUAAUGAUGAUCAAUUAUAUUCACAAGAUUUUUGGGAUAUGUUAAACAGCAUUUCUAGAGAUGAUGUUGAUAAAAAUAUGGUUCGAUGUCCUGAUAAGGAAAUUUCAAAAGAAAUGACUCAGUGUAUAAUUAAAGCAAAAGAGUCUAAUGAUUCUGUUGGUGGAACUGUAACAUGUGUUAUUCGUAAUGUGCCAUCAGGAUUGGGUGAACCAUGUUUCGAUAAAUUAGAAGCUAAAUUAGCACAUGCAAUGCUUUCAAUCCCCUCUACUAAAGGAUUUGAGAUUGGAAGUGGCUUCCAAGGUACAACUUUGUAUGGUCAUCAACAUAAUGACCCUUGGAUUAAAAAAGAUAAUGAUGUAUUUGGAACUAAAACUAAUUAUUCUGGUGGAAUUCAAGGAGGAAUCACAAAUGGAGAAAAUAUUUAUUUUAGAGUUGCAUUUAAACCACCAGCAACUAUUUCUCAAGAACAAAAAACUGCUACAUAUGAUGGUGUUGAUGGAAUUCUUGCUGCAAGAGGUCGUCAUGAUCCUUGUGUUGUACCACGUGCUGUCCCAAUUGUUGAGGCAAUGGCUGCUUUAGUUGUUAUGGA